UUGUAAAAUAUUCCAAAUAAACACAGAGUGUUUUGUUGGGAAAGACGUAAUACAAAGUCAAUCGACUAUUUUGUCUAAACAGACAAUGGUAUAACCAUUGCGUUCAAGACUUUAAGAUCAAUAUCUGUGAAAUAUUACAGUGGAGAUAAAGUUGAUAUAAUAUCAGUAUUUACUGAAGCCGAUUUUAAAAAGAUAAUACUUCAAGCAGAUAGUUAUUGUUGGAGUAAUCUUCUAUUGUGACAAACACUAUAAAAAGUAUGUACUUUAAUGUCAAGUUUCAUCUUUUGAACUACUGGUUGAAUAUCAAUGGAGGACUUUAUUAAAAAUUGCUACUUCUGAUAUCCGGCUCCGAUGAUAAGUCACAAUGUCGUACGGGUCCACUUUCGAGCAUUUCGAAGCAAACGGACGUAUCAGCCAAAAGUUCUCGAGGCCGACCGUAAGACGGAGCACGUACAUGCAUGAGCGCCCCCAUCAGCAGCACCAACAACAACCGCACAAGGUUGUGCAUUACGAAAAGGAGUUUGAUGUUAAUUUGACGCGCGUUGACGACACACCGCCAGAUCGAGCUAGCGUGCGGGAAUCCAUGCUGGCAUAUUCGAAGAAAAUCAAGUCGAUUCAGGAUGCUCGAUAUUCACAAAAUGGCAACGAAAACGGCGGUGACCCGUUAUUUGUGCGUGCCAAGCAUAUACCAAAGUUUCCUUCAAAGAAACCGCCCAAGAAAAGGCGGCCGAUGUCUUUUGAUGAGUUGCUUGGUCGUGAUCGCGACCAGCCGGUGCGGGAGCGGCCGGUCGCAGCCAAGCCGCGUCCUCUGUCGGACAGGGCACCAAAGGAACGGCGGUCGGAUAAGCACGUGCGCUUGCCAUUGUUAACGGAACGUUUAAGUAAACCAAGUCCGGAUGUGCAUUUGAGUUUAGUUAGUGCUUCGGAUCUCUAUGAGAUUGUGGAUUUUAGUCUUCGCCGCAAAGGCACUAGAACGGAAAGUUUAAAUAUGCUUGGGUUAGAAAAGGAAGUCUCUGAAAAACUAGCCCCUCAACGUACUCCUCGCACAAAUCAUAUAGCGGUGCCAGAGGAGUACACUAAAUAUGAAAGAACUAGUGACGCGACGAGAUACGAAGCGGAACGUGCACACUACGCAAGAAUUUUCAAGGAGCAAUCACAUGAUAACGAGCAUGUUCCUAACGAUGAAUUCUAUCAGCAAAUUUUCGCUCUCGAUAAAAAUGACCCAGAGGUUCUAAAUGCUGUCCCGGCCACGAUGAAAUUGUCAUCUUUGACCAUGAAUAACGGGCCCUUUCAGCGGAGGCCUCACCGUGCCAAGAGAAUGAGGCUAGUGGAUCCGGGACUCGGUGAUAUUCCUGAGGAUAAUGUUAUACAGACUGAUAACACGUAUUAUGACGUAAAACAACGAGUUUGGUCGCCACCACCUGCCUUUCGCUCGAAUGCCAAGUUGCAAGAAUCCACCCAUACUCUGACAUCAAUCGCUGAAGCUACGGAGAAAGUUCAAGUUGCGGAGAGAAAUGGUGGACAAAGUGCACAUGUAACUAGCAAAGCACAGAGCGAAAUAAGAGUUCCUGAUAACGAAACACAUGGACUUGAAACUCACUCAGAACAAUCUCGUCCGCCCGAUGUAAUUUUUGGCAACGAGCGGACACCACCGUUGCCGCCCAUUGGAGACAGUAAGAGUACGAAGAAAGUUAUCCGAGAUGACGGUGACGUCAGAAUAGAAGUGACGCAAUGUCCACCCAAAACAGAAAUUAACAUUACGGCCAAACUAAAAGCUCAAAGGCGUUUCAAGAAGUUGAUAUUCUUGCGAGAUGGGCCAAGAUGAUAAUUUAUAAAAAAAAAGUGCUUCUAGCGUGUUUACAGAAUGACAUCGUUUUGAAUAAAAAAUAAUCCAUCA